AUGGCCCUGGGCGUGCUGGUGGUGCUCCUGGUAGACCUGGUAGCCCUGAGCCUGCUGGUGCUGGUAGACCUGGCGGCCCUGGAGCUGCUGGCGCUGGUGGUGCUGGUAGACCUGCUGGCCCUGGAGCUGCUGGUCCUGGUAGACCUGGUGGCCCUGGAGCUGCUGGUGGCCCUGGUGGUGGCCCUGGUGGCCGGCGGCGGCUCUGCUGGUCCUGGUGGUGGCCCUGGCCCUGCUGGUGGCCCUGGCGGCGCUGCUGGUGGCCCUGCUGUCCCCGGCGGCGGUGGCGGCCCCGGCGGUGGCCCCGUCCCCGUCCCCGGCGGCGGUGGCAGCGUCACCUCCCCGCUGAGGCCUGGGGGACCCUGGGGCCACCGAGGGGACGUGGCGGCCUGGGGACACCGGGGGACAUGGGAGGGGGCCCAGAGACCUCAAGGGGACGUGGGACGGGGAUGUGGUGGCCCCGGGGACACCAUGGGGACGUGGGAUGGGGACUUGGGGGGCCGGUGA